CACAGACUGCUGCAUGAUAAUCUCAAUCUGUGCCCAUUAGUGCACUGAGAGAGAAGAGGGUUCAACAGAGAGAGAGAGGGACAGUGACAUAGACAGAGAGCAAGUGGGAGAGAGCUUUUAAGGGAUUUGGCAGUGAUUUGUAGAAUCUCAGUGGUGUAAUAUUGUGCUUUUUCGACUUUUCCGUGAGCCAGACGAUGCUAUACACUAAAGCCUCGAAAGCCAAAAUGUUCUAUACUUUUUUGCUAACUAAAACAAAUGUUAUGUUAUUGAAGGAUUUGAGUCCAUUCCAGUUAUUUUUUGGAAAAUACAUAUAAUAUCUGAGAUGUUAAUGGAUUUACUUUUUGCUUAAACAACAAAGAAACCGGCACUGAAUAUCAUCACAUAUUGAAUAUGGGAAUAGAUCUGUUUGGGAGCGAUGGAGUGAUUGAUGAAAUCAAGACUAGUCCAAAUGGAAUGUUCAGGUAUCAAAUUUAGAGGGAGAAGCCUGGUACUUUAACGCUGGAUACAGGAACCUUUGGUGGCCAGAAUCAUGAUAUCACAGUUUGAUCCACCGUUUGGAUGUCAUGUAACAACAUUGCCCAGGUUACUGUGGAUGCUGUUUCUGGGUCUAAGUCCAGAGUCAUGGGCUCAGCAGGGCACACAACCACACUCCAUCAAGAUCGAGGGGGACAUCACCCUGGGUGGCCUGUUUCCAGUGCACUCCCGUGGGCCAGCCGGUGUGCCCUGUGGGGAGAUCAAGAGGGAGAAGGGGAUCCACCGUAUGGAGGCCAUGCUGUAUGCGCUGGAUCAGAUCAACAGUGACCCUGACCUCCUGCCUAACAUCACCCUGGGGGCCAUGAUCCUGGACACCUGCUCUAGAGACACCUACGCCCUGGAGCAGUCACUCACUUUCGUCCAGGCCCUCAUCCAGAAGGAUAACUCGGACGUGCGCUGCUCCAAUGGCGAGCCACCCAUUAUUCCCAAACCGGAGAGGGUGGUGGGAGUAAUUGGGGCAUCCGGCAGCUCCGUGUCCAUCAUGGUGGCCAACGUGCUGAGACUCUUUGCGAUCCCCCAGAUUAGUUAUGCGUCCACAGCUCCAGAGCUGAGUGACAAAAGCCGUUAUGAGUUCUUCUCCCGCGUGGUCCCUCCUGACUCCUACCAGGCCCAGGCCAUGGUGGACAUCGUCAAGGCUAUGGGGUGGAACUACGUAUCUACACUGGCCUCAGAAGGAAACUACGGUGAGAGCGGCGUCGAUGCCUUCCUCCAGAUAUCUCGAGAGGCAGGAGGUCUAUGCAUCGGUCAAUCCAUCAAAAUCCCUCGAGAGCCGAAACCAGGUGGGUUUGAUAAGAUCAUCAAGAGACUAAUGGAGACCUCUAAUGCUCGUGGGGUCAUCAUCUUUGCCAAUGAGGACGACAUCAGACGUGUCUUGGAGGCAGCAAAGCGAGCCAACCUGACGGGUCACUUCCUGUUUGUGGGCUCUGACAGCUGGGGGGCCAAGAGCUCUCCCAUCCUGGACCAGGAGGAUGUGGCUGAGGGGGCUGUCACCAUCCUCCCCAAGAGGGCCUCCAUCGACGGGUUCGACAACUACUUCACCUCAAGAUCUCUGGAAAACAAUAGAAGGAACAUCUGGUUUGCAGAAUACUGGGAGGACGACUUCAAAUGUAAACUGACUCGACCAGGUAUCAAGUACGACCUUGGUAGGAGAAAAUGUACAGGUGAAGAGAGAAUCGCUCAGGAAUCUCAGUACGAGCAGGAAGGGAAAGUACAGUUUGUGAUAGACGCAGUGUAUUCCAUGGCCCAUGCCUUACACAGCAUGCACCUGGACCUCUGUCCGGGCUUCAUGGGCGUCUGUGAGAAGAUGGACCCAGUAGAAGGGAGUCAGCUGCUCCAAUAUAUUCGCUCAGUGAACUUUAAUGGCAGUGCAGGGACUGGGGUCAUGUUCAAUGAGAAUGGAGAUGCUCCUGGUCGCUAUGACAUCUUCCAGUUCCAACUCUCCAACACCACCAACCCUGGCUACCGGUGUAUUGGCCAGUGGACAAACCAACUGCGACUCAAUGCUGAGGAGAUGCAGUGGUCGGGUGGGGACCGUGCAGUCCCUGACUCGGUGUGCAGUUUCCCCUGUGAACUAGGAGAGAGGAAGAAGAUGGUGAAGGGUGUGCCCUGUUGCUGGCACUGCGAGCUGUGUGACGGAUAUCAAUACCAACUGGAUGAGCUAAACUGUGACAUGUGUCCCUUCGAUAUGCGUCCCAUGCCAAACCGGACGGGCUGCCGAUCCACACCCAUCAUCAAGCUGGAGUGGAGCUCCCCCUGGGCCAUCAUCCCUGUGUUCCUGGCUGUCCUGGGCAUCCUGGCCACCUCCGGAUGCAUCCUCACCUUCAUCCGCUUUAACGACACCCCCAUCGUCCGGGCCUCUGGCCGUGAGCUCAGCUACGUUCUCCUGACAGGCAUCUUCCUCAUUUACCUGAUCACCUUCCUCAUGAUCGCAGAGCCCAGUGCCCCGGUGUGUGCCUUCCGCAGACUGCUGCUAGGCCUGGGCAUGUGUAUUACCUACUCAGCUAUGCUCACCAAGACCAACCGCAUUUACCGUAUCUUUGAGCAGGGCAAGAAAGCAGUCACGCCACCUCCGUUCAUCAGCCCUACUUCUCAGCUGAUCAUCACCUUUAUACUCAUUGGAGUGCAGUUACUUGGCGUUUUCAUCUGGUUCGGAGUGGUGCCCCCACACACCAUCAUAGACUAUGAGGAGCAGCGGCCGCCCAACCCAGAGUUUGCACGUGGGGUCCUAAAAUGUGACAUGUCCGACCUGGCCCUGGUCCUCUGCUUGAGCUACAGUAUCGUGCUGAUGGUGACCUGCACUGUGUAUGCCAUCAAGAGCAGAGGGGUGCCAGAGACCUUCAACGAGGCCAAGCCCAUUGGUUUCACCAUGUACACCACCUGUAUCAUCUGGUUGGCCUUUGUGCCCAUCUUCUUUGGUACAGCACAGUCUACUGAGAAGAUGUUCAUCCAGACCACUACCCUGACGGUGUCCAUGAGCCUGAGUGCCACUGUGUCCCUGGGCAUGUUGUACAUCCCUAAGGUCUACGUCAUCAUCUUCCAACCGGAGCAGAACGUGCAAAAACGCAAGCGCAGCAUCAAGGCUGUGGCUUCCACAGUGACCUCACAACUCUCCCAGAAAGAGGACAAGCAGAAUGGAGAGUCCAAAAGUAGUGCCAUAGUGCCUGACCGAUCACAAUAACCCAGCAGGAAACCAGAGAUGAAUACGACUCCUGGCACCUAACCGAUGACAGCUUAGAAUGUUCUCUCUUGGCAAAGCACUCCCUCACAUGCGGAGAAGGGGCCAGCUUUUGAUCAAUGGUGAAGGCUACACUGUCACAUGGGUGGAAUGGAAAUAAAGGAAAAUGGAGAUGCGACAUUUUCUGUCAUUUGAAAUACACACUCACUGACUCGCCACAUGCUGUGACCUAACUGUAAAUGGAACAGUUGAUGUAUUGGAUCAUCCUGGAUCAUCCUGAUUCCUGAACAGAACACAAUGAACAUUAUGGACAGCUUUGCUAGAUUUCAGGACACAGUCUCCUUUUACAGUAGGAUAUCUCAAAGCGACCAUGGCAAUGAAUUAGUUAUCUUUGAUUUCUCUCCUCAGGACAAUUAGUUGGAUCAAUAGUUAAUAAAAUGUUAAACCUUUUCCUGACUAGAUUAUCUAAAGUAGGAUCUUUUGAGAACAAACUUAGUUGUUUACUUGAUUUAUCAGCACUGCAUCAUGGGUUGUGUGUUUGUGUGUACAUUAUACGAAUGUUUCCACGAUACUGUUUGUAUGGGUGUUACGACUUUGAUGCAUUGUUAUUUUUUACUGAUUACAUUGGAAGGAACUAGCUUUUCUAUGCACCACUUUAUCCUGGAAUAAUUAGUGUAGAGUUAUUGAAUUAAAUAGUGGUAAAGAGAAAAACAACUGUAGGGAAUUUUGAUUAAUGACAUCAAUACUACCAGAUCUCAUGUAAGGUACCAUUUUAAUAUUAUAUAAUUUACUGUUAAUGCUUUUGUUUAGUUUGGUGUUAAUUGCUUUAGCAGGAAUGAUUUGUUUGUGCUGCUACAUUCUAAAUAGGAAACCAGUGGUUCUGAACAGGAUAUUGUGUUCUGAGACAAUUAAGUUGUUGGAAUCACAACAACGUAUGGUAGACGCUAGACAACAAUGUACUGUAUGGCAUUUCUGUAGAUUGUUCCAAAUAUCUUUACAGUGCUGCUGGUGUUGCGAUUAUGAGAACAGUUUAUGGUAACACUUGAUUUCACUGAGAAUAUCACUGGUUUUAGCAUUAAUGAUCACUUGUGUUCUUCAAUAUUGUGCCAUUAAAUCACUGGUUUGUGUUCUCAAAAUGUAUGGAAUGUUACAAGUUUUCCUUAAUUUAAAUUAUAUUGUGAUUUUAUUUGAUGUAAACCUAUUUGAAAAUGAA